AAAUAAUAAUAAAAUAUAAAAGAACAAAAUUUUUGAGGAAAAUAUAAAUCAGUAAUAAUCCGAUCGAAUUCAUCGGCCCCAUUUUUAUAUCUCUAUUAUUUUUUCUUCUUCUUUUAUACAGCUAGCUAAAGGAGGAGGCCGCCAGAACUAAAGAUUUUCUUAUUUAUUUCUUCCCCUCGUUUUAAUUUUUUUCCUCUCAGCCCUAACCUCCCACGUUCUCGCUCUCUCGAGCAAGAAUUGAACCGGAACCGCCGCUGCAAGAGAAAGAAAUCAAUCAGGAUAAGAGAUAAAGAAAUUCCAUUUUAAUUCGGCAUAAUUUCUCUCCAACUCCGAUCAAGGGCGCUGUUUUAUCGAGAUCGCGAAGAUGAUGUCGAGGUCAUACACGAACCUCCUGGAUCUGGCAUCCGGGAACUUCGCGGCGCUGAGCGUCGGCAGCCAGGGUGCUAGCCGGAGGCGGAUGCCCCGGGUGAUGACCAUGCCGGGUGCCCUCGCCGAGCUCGACGAGGAGGACCGCGCCGGCAGCGUCUCCUCCGACGUGCCCUCCUCUAUCGCCCAGGACCGGAUCAUCAUCGUGGCGAACCAGCUCCCGGUCAGGGCCAAGCGGCGGCCGGACGGGCGUGGGUGGAGCUUCUCGUGGGACGAGGACUCCCUUCUCCUACAGCUCAAGGACGGCCUCCCCGACGACAUGGAGGUCCUCUACGUGGGCUCCCUCCGCGUCGACGUCGAGGUCCACGAGCAGGACGACAUCGCGCAGGCCCUCCUCGAGCGCUUCAAGUGCGUCCCCGCCUUCCUCCCCGCCGACCUCCUCGAGAAAUUCUACCAUGGCUUCUGCAAGCAGCAGCUCUGGCCGCUCUUCCAUUACAUGCUUCCCUUCUCCGCCGACCAUGGUGGCCGCUUCGACCGAUCCCUCUGGGAAUCGUAUGUUCUCGCCAACAAGUUAUUCUCGCAGAAGGUGAUUGAGGUUUUGAACCCCGAGGAUGAUUAUGUUUGGAUCCAUGACUACCAUCUCAUGGCUCUGCCGACUUUCCUCCGGAGAAGGUUCAAUCGGCUGAGAAUGGGGUUCUUCCUUCACAGCCCGUUUCCUUCGUCGGAGAUCUAUCGGACGCUCCCCGUCCGCGAGGAGAUUCUCAAGGCGCUGCUCAACUGCGACCUCAUCGGCUUCCACACCUUCGACUAUGCCCGCCACUUCCUCUCCUGCUGCAGCCGAAUGCUGGGGCUCGAGUACCAGUCCAAGCGGGGUUAUAUUGGGCUCGAUUACUAUGGCCGCAGUGUUGGUAUUAAGAUCAUGCCGGUAGGCAUCCAUAUGGGCCAAUUGCAGUCUGCGCUCCAGCUCCCGGAUAAGGAUUGGCGGGUAAAUGAGCUCCGCCAGCAGUUUGAGGGAAAGACUGUGCUGCUGGGUGUCGAUGACAUGGACAUUUUCAAGGGAAUCAACCUCAAGCUGCUCGCUUUCGAGCACAUGCUCCGGCUACACCCUAAAUGGAAGGGAAGGGCAGUUCUGGUCCAGAUUGCCAACCCCGCCAGGGGAAGAGGACGAGAUCUUGAGGAGAUCCAGGCUGAGAUACAGGAGAGCUGCAGGCGGAUCAAUGAGGAAUUCGGGAAUUCUGAGUACAGCCCGGUCGUAUUCAUUGACCGCCCUGUGUCCAUUGUCGAGAGGAUUGCCUUCUACACUAUUGCAGAGUGUGUUGUGGUCACUGCAGUGAGAGAUGGGAUGAAUCUCACACCUUAUGAGUACAUUGUCUGCAGGCAGGGGAUUGCUGGUUCUGGUCCUGGUUCAGAAGCUGAUGGCCCUAGAAAGAGUAUGCUCGUAGUCUCAGAGUUUAUCGGAUGCUCCCCAUCGUUAAGUGGCGCAAUCCGGGUCAAUCCAUGGAACAUAGAGUCGACAGCGGAGGCGAUGAAUGAGGCGGUUUCUCUUUCUGAUGCAGAGAAGCAGCUGCGGCAUGAGAAGCACUACCGGUAUGUUAGCACUCAUGAUGUGGCCUAUUGGUCAAGAAGCUUCUUGCAGGACAUGGAGAGGACUUGCAGGGACCAUUUCAAGAGGAGAUGUUGGGGGUUUGGUUUGGGAUUUGGAUUUCGUGUGGUGGCCCUCGACCCUAAUUUCAGGAAGCUUAAUGUGGAUACAAUUGUAAUGGCCUAUGAGAGGGCCAAGAAUAGGGCUAUAUUGCUGGACUACGAUGGGACGAUGGUGCCUCAGUUGUCCAUUAACAAGACUCCAAGUGCGGAAGUUAUUAGGACCAUCAAUACUCUCUGCGCAGAUAAGAAGAAUGUAGUUUUCAUUGUCAGCGGGAGAGGGAGGAAUAUUUUGGGGAAGUGGUUCUCGCCAUGCGAGAAGCUUGGGAUUGCGGCAGAGCAUGGCUACUUCUUGAGGUGGACUGGAGAUCAAGAAUGGGAAACUUGUUCCCAGAGCUCUGACUUUGAAUGGAUGCAGAUAGCGGAGCCAGUGAUGAAGCUCUAUACUGAAUCCACUGAUGGAUCCAGUAUUGAAGCUAAAGAAAGUGCUUUGGUAUGGCACCACCAAGAUGCUGAUCCAGGCUUUGGAUCUUCUCAGGCGAAGGAAAUGCUUGACCAUCUAGAGAGUGUGCUUGCAAACGAGCCAGUCUCAGUGAAAAGUGGUCAAUUCAUUGUUGAAGUGAAGCCUCAGGGAGUCAGCAAAGGCUCAGUGGCAGAGAAGAUCCUAUCGUCAAUGGUGGAGAAUGGGAGACAAGCAGACUUUGUCUUGUGCAUUGGUGAUGACAGAUCGGAUGAGGACAUGUUUGAAGGCAUUGCUGGUAUAAUGACAAGGAACCUGGUUGCCCCCAGCACAUCACUAUUUGCUUGCACGGUGGGACAGAAGCCGAGCAAAGCCAAAUAUUAUCUGGACGAUACUACUGAUGUCAUAAGCAUGCUUGGAGCACUCGCAGAAGCCUCUGGGUCAUCGUCCUCCACCGAGGGGAUAAUCGAACCAUCCCCUACUGAGAGCUGAUCCAUCCCGUUGAACAGGUCCUCCUAGUCCACUUGUUCUUUCAACCAAAUUCUAGGUAGAAGUAAAAAUUUUUAAUGGUUCUUAGGGCUGGAGGUGUCGGGCAAUUGUUGCUUAGAGCAAUUGAGAUGCAACGGGGGUUACAUUUGGUCAGACUGCUAAAGAGGUAUAGCUGCGCAGCUGACCAGGUUCGUAAACUGGCUUAUAAUUUUUUUCCUGAAGAAAGUUUUAUACUUUAGUUCAGCUACAAGAAGAGAGGCCGGUGUAGGGAUUAGGUGUUACCAGAUAUCGUUUCCUUUGCCAUUGAAUUUGUGCAGUGGAGGCAGGUCCAGGGUCUCUGAUGAUUGACUUGUUAGCCAGCUGAACUUAUCAAUUCAUAACACAUGGUUUGCAUGUUAGGGGGUGACUUUCAUUCAAUCAUUUUUCUGUGUA